UCUGCUUUAGGACCCGCCCCCCAGCACGCUCCUCGGCGCUGCGAGGUCCCGCCCCGCGUGCUGGCCGCGGUAAAAGUGGUAGCAGCGGAGGCGAGCGGAGGGUUUCCCGCGGCGGGUGAGGCGCUGGAGUCUCACUCUGCUGCCUAGGCUGAGUGCAGUGGUGUGAUCAAGGCGCACUGCAGCCUUGACCUCCUGGGCUCAAGCGAUCCUCACCUCGGCCUACCGAGUAGCUGGGACUACAGGCACGCGCCACUACACUCGGCCUUGAGGGCUGCACCUAGAUGAACCUGUGAGGCUCAUUUGAACCUUUUGGAAGCACCGAAGCCUGCUGAAGUUUCCAGACAUCUAUUUCUGACAGUCAGACUUGUCCACAAGAACUCAACUGGCAAGGCUGCUUUUCUGUGCUAAAACUGGGGAGCUAGUGGGCACCAUGAAGAUCUUCUGCAGUCGGGCCAAUCCAACCACGGGGUCUGUGGAGUGGCUGGAGGAGGAUGAACACUAUGAUUACCACCAGGAGAUUGCAAGGUCAUCCUAUGCAGAUAUGCUACAUGACAAAGACAGAAAUGUAAAAUACUACCAAGGUAUCCGGGCUGCCGUGAGCAGGGUGAAGGACAGAGGACAGAAGGCCUUGGUUCUCGACAUUGGCACUGGCACGGGACUCUUGUCAAUGAUGGCGGUCACAGCAGGUGCCGACUUCUGCUAUGCCAUCGAGGUUUUCAAGCCUAUGGCUGAUGCUGCUGUGAAGAUUGUGGAGAAAAAUGGCUUUAGUGAUAAGAUUAAGGUUAUCAACAAGCAUUCCACCGAGGUGACUGUAGGUCCAGAGGGUGACAUGUCAUGCCGUGCCAACAUCCUGGUCACAGAGUUGUUUGACACAGAGCUGAUCGGGGAGGGGGCGCUGCCCUCCUAUGAGCACGCACACAGGCAUCUCGUGGAGGAAAAUUGUGAGGCUGUGCCCCACAGAGCCACCGUCUAUGCACAGCUGGUGGAGUCCAGGAGGAUGUGGUCGUGGAACAAGCUAUUUCCCAUCCACGUGCAGACCAGCCUCGGAGAGCAGGUCAUCGUCCCUCCCGUGGACCUGGAGAGCUGCCCUGGCGCACCCUCUGUCUGUGACAUUCAGCUGAACCAGGUGUCACCAGCCGACUUUACAGUCCUCAGCGAUGUGCUGCCCAUGUUCAGCAUAGACUUCAGCAAGCAAGUCAGUAGCUCAGCAGCCUGCCAUAGCAGGCGGUUUGAACCUCUGACAUCUGGCCGAGCUCAGGUGGUUCUCUCGUGGUGGGACAUUGAAAUGGACCCUGAGGGGAAGAUCAAGUGCACCAUGGCCCCCUUCUGGGCACACUCAGACCCAGAGGAGAUGCAGUGGCGGGACCACUGGAUGCAGUGUGUGUACUUCCUGCCACAAGAGGAGCCUGUGGUGCAGGGCUCAGUGCUCUAUCUGGUAGCCCACCACGAUGACUACUGCGUAUGGUACAGCCUGCAGAGGACCAGCCCUGAAAAGAAUGAGAGAGUCCGCCAGAUGCGCCCCGUGUGUGACUGCCAGGCUCACCUGCUCUGGAACCGGCCUCGGUUUGGAGAGAUCAAUGACCAGGACAGAACUGAUCGAUACGUCCAGGCUCUGAGGACCGUGCUGAAGCCAGACAGCGUGUGCCUGUGUGUCAGCGAUGGCAGCCUGCUCUCCGUGCUGGCCCAUCACCUGGGGGUGGAGCAGGUGUUUACAGUCGAGAGCUCAGCAGCUUCUCACAAACUGUUGAGAAAAAUCUUCAAGGCUAACCACUUGGAAGAAAAAAUUAACAUCAUAGAGAAACGGCCGGAAUUAUUAACAAAUGAGGACCUGCAGGGCAGAAAGGUCUCUCUCCUCCUGGGCGAGCCGUUCUUCACUACCAGCCUGCUGCCGUGGCACAACCUCUAUUUCUGGUACGUGCGGACCGCUGUGGACCAGCACCUGGGGCCAGGUGCCAUGGUGAUGCCCCAGGCAGCCUCGCUGCACGCUGUGGUUGUGGAGUUCAGGGAUCUGUGGCGGAUCCGGAGCCCCUGUGGUGACUGCGAAGGCUUCGACGUGCACAUCAUGGACGACAUGAUUAAGUGUGCCCUGGACUUCAGGGAGAGCAGGGAAGCUGAGCCCCACCCGCUGUGGGAGUACCCAUGCCGCAGCCUCUCCCAGCCCUGGCAGAUCCUGACCUUUGACUUCCGGCAGCCGGUGCCCCUGCAGCCCCUGUGUGCCGAGGGCACCGUGGAGCUCAGAAGGCCCGGGCAGAGCCACGCAGCCGUGCUAUGGAUGGAGUACCACCUGACCCCGGAGUGCACGCUCAGCACUGGCCUCCUGGAGCCUGCAGACCCCGAGGGGGGCUGCUGCUGGAACCCCCACUGCAAGCAGGCCGUCUACUUCUUCAGCCCUGCCCCAGGUCCCAGAGCACUGCUGGGUGGCCCGUGGACUGUCACCUAUGCGGUGGAGUUUCACCCCGACACAGGCAACAUCGUCAUGGAGUUCAGGUGUCUGGCCUCAGUGCUGCACCAGCUGGUGGCCUGCCAGGACCUGAGACCGGACACAAGGCAGCUGUCCCAGAGCAGUUCCUGAGAUGCAGGCCCAGGAAAGCGGCUGUCAGGGGAGCUGGGAGGCAGCCCUGUUCCCUGCACCUCCCUCAGAUUGGAAAACCCCUCCUGCAGGUGGGGUAUGGCAGGGAGCAGCCCCUGCCCAGCACCGCUUCACCAGGAAGGUCAGUAGGCGCCGUGGCCUUGCUUCUCUCACACGCUAACCCCCCUUUGGUUAUGUCCCAGCUCUCAGAGGUAACAGCAGACACCAUGUGAGAGAACCCAGUGGCCUCUGGCUUGCAGCUCAGGAGGUGAGGCUUGUGCCAGGCCAGCCGAGCCGCCUGUAUGAGCAGAGUUCCGGUGUCCUCAGAUUUAGGGCAGACUUGGGCAGCGCCUGUCCUGCAGUUGGGGGCAGGAACUCCCUCCCCUGCCCCCAGGCAUGCCCCUGAGGCCUGGCCCCAGCUUGUCGCUGAAAUAAGUGGAGAACACCAGCCUCGAGCCUCACAGUUUUAUUUUCUCCUCAUUAUCCAUCCUUCCUUUCAGCACCAGUAAGGAAAAAGAACACCUCUCUUUGCAAAAUAUUUUAUCAGGUGUAAGACUUGUUUUUCUUCUAGGGAAGAACCGUCUGGAUAUAUAUUUGAUAAUGUUUUUACCAAAACCGUAGGUGUGCUUACCAUAGAAAACCCCUAAUGUCCCAUGAAGAUACAAUACAGAAAAAAAUACAGAAAUUAAAAAAGUUUUUAUAACAGUAUUUCUAAAUCUCAGCAAGUUAAAAAGCAGUAGUUAAAAAGCAUCAAGAUUAAUAUACUUAAAACUUAAGGUGGUUUUGGACAAAUGAAAAUGAACAUUUCCUUCCUCAGUGGCCCCCGCGCCUUGUGGCUUCCUUUGAGACUGGGCCUAGGGCAGGAACAGAGUCUUGGUAUGGGCCUCGGGUGACCCGUGUGCCCACCCCUGCUAGGCCUUAGAUGCCACAGAAUCUGAGAUCCAGCAAUGGUUCUGUUUAAAAAAUCGGUGGAAGGGCCUGGCCUGCACACAAGGCCCGGGAGUCCACAGGCAGCCACAAUGAGACACGUGGGUGGGGGGGUCCCGGCCUUGGUGCUGAGGGAGGUGUGCGGGGGCCUGGGGGCCGCACGUCCUUACUCUGGACGCCAGGACCUGACUAGGCAGAGGCGACCUUGUGAUGACAGAGAAUGACUUGCCUAAGGCCGCCUGUGAGGUGGGAGGGGAGGAGCAUGCAGCCCUGACUCCCACGCCUGCUGCCCCGGGAGGGGGGGUGCCUGGGUGGGGAAGCUAUGUUGGGGUCUGGUGUGGGGGCCCUGCCCAGGCCUCAACUGCUCUCCCUGUGCAGGCAGUCGGCAGGCGGCUCGAGGUCUAGGGGUCCAGGGCCGGCCGGCCCAGUCGCUUGUGUGAGCAGAGUCCCAGCUGCUUCUGGAAGUUGGGGGCCUCCACAUCAUGAAGCUCAGUCAAGGCUCACAGGCCAGCCUCUUGGAGGGGUGGGCCGGGCAGAGAGCCCAGCAGGAUGCUCGCCCUCAGCAGCCCCUUCCUGGCUCUGGACUCUGGAGGGGCAGGGCUUGGGCCCGGGCAGACGGUGCUUCCCAGGCCAGGUGAGUUCAGACAGGCCAGUGUCACAAGGAUGCACAUCCUAGCGCCAGGCUCCCUGGGCUCUGCAGCGUUGUCUGCCCCAGCACAGGGCCAGGCGUCUGGCUGGCUGCGUGGCCCCCUCUUGGUCCCUCUUGCAGCUCAAUGGGUGACAAGGCACAGCAUCAGGGCACCAGCACCAGGAGGGGCUGACAGCAGACAGCAGGUCCUGGUGCUCCCUCCAGCCUCACCAGGCAAAGCCGGCCCUGGGCCAGGCUGGAUGCAGGGCCAGGGCGCCACGAGGAGCGGAGGUCAGCGGGGAUUGUCAAAAACAGUCCCUCAAGUUGAGUCUCGAACUUUGAAACAGACAAAACCUUCGCUGCAUGACAGGAGCAGCCCUGGAGUCUCUUAAAGGCAGGUGGGCAGAGGCAGUGCUGCCGAAGGGGCCUGGGGGCUGUAGGCAUCUUGGGGCUGGAGGCAGAUCGCGGACCACAAGCUGUUGGCCAGCUCUGCCAUGCUGAACUUGGGUGCCGGUACCACACCCUGCCCUGGGCAUGCAGCAACUGUCAGCCUUGCUGCCCCAGCUUGCGCACUGGUGAGGGCCAGGCUGCUCUCUGCACCUUGGCUUCCUGCCUCCUAGGCCGGGGUCCCCUUGUGGCCUUGGUGUUGGCUGGGGUAGCUGUUGAGGAUGGGCCUGGGAGGCCAGAGCCGCAGCCCCACCCGGGGGGCAGGCAGGGGUUCCUGAGCUCAGCCGGCACGCAGGUGGGGCACGUCCCCAGGGAGGGAUUGGUCCCGAACCAGAGAGGUGUCCGGUGGGGGAGAGGAUUGGCAGAAAGAAGAGGAUGUGUUGGUUUUGAUAGAAGAGAAGCUACAAAUAGAUUAUUUUCAAAAUCAGGAUCCCCCCACCCCCCUUUAUGCUGUGAGUCCCUUCUUCCUGUAAAAAAAAAAAAAAAAAAAAAAAGUGGAUACUCUCUUCUCGGAUCCCCGUUUAUGGCUCCACUGCCCAGAUGCGAGGCUCCCGGAGGAGGCCCAGGGCGCCAGAGCCUGCCAGACUCUGUUGUGCCUGAGCUGGGGAAGGGACCCUGUCUCGGGAAGAGCAAAGUUCUAUGCAGACUCUGUGAAGUGAGGGUUGGUUUUGUGAUUAACCUUUUUCUGAUUUUCUUUUUAAAAUGUAAUUGCCCUUGAAUGCGAGACCCUGGGAAGAGCCCUGGGCUGGCUGGUAGAGAUGCAGCCCUCGGACCCUGCAGGAGCCGGCCCACACUGGAGGCGGGAGAGCUGGUGGCCGUGCCCAGGAAGUGCUUCUUUGGCUGGUUCUGAUUGUGUUUGGAGUUUGGCCUUGAGUGAGGCCCGAGCAAGGGGUCUGUGGCUACGGCGUGGCACGUGGCAUGCGGGCAGCGUGCAUGCGAGGGUGCAGGCAUGCGAGACGACAUUGGCAGCAGACAAAAAUAAAGAACCCUGGACAAAGCUUAA